AUGACGACGGCCUAUCGCCUCAACGUGCGCGUCUUCUGGCCGCUGGUGACUUGCGCGGGGCUGCUCUGCCUCUGGCAGGCCCUGAGGAGGAGCAAGGCGGCGGGGCCGUCGAGGGCCUGGGACGGGGACGACGACGACGAUGGCGCGCCCGCCCCGCUGCUGAAAGGUUCAGGCUACAUUUGCUGCCGGGUCAGCUUGGCCGUGGGGCCCGGCCGCCCGCUGGCCCUGCACAUCGCCCCCCGCUCGGACUACGUCUGCUGCCACCUCUCCAUGGCCGUCCGCCUCAUCCCGGCCAUCCCUCUGGGCGAGGCGCUCUACCUCACCCCUCUGCCCUCCUCCGUCCAGCCGCCGGCUGCGGCCAAGCUGGGCGCCUUCUGGACCCUCAACGUGGCCAAGCAGGAGCAGCGCUUGCUGGGCUGGCUCAGGGAGCAGGCCCCGGAGGACUCGUGCCACCUCAAGUGCCUGCAGAUCCUCAAGGGGUUGAGGGACCUGGGCGGGCGCUCCCUGGAACAGCCCCUGAGCACUCAGUGGAGCCAGGUCCUCUCCUCCUACCUCCUCAAGACGGCCCUUUUCUGGCUCCUCCUGCGCGGGCCCUUGGCCGCUUGGGAGGACCAGUUUCUGGUGGAGAGGUUGGAGGACUUGGUGCUCUUCCUGGUGGAGGGCCUCCAGAGGCGGAGGUUGAUGCACCUCUUCUUGGGCAACCCUGCUCUCCCCGAAGCCCUCAGCCUGCCCAAGAUCCUCAAAGAAGCCCCCAUGGUGAACCUUCUCGCCGACUUUGACGGCCCUACUUUGGACAGGGUGGCGGCACAGCUGCUGGACACCUGGAAACAGGCACCCAAGGUCAUCGGAAUGUACAGUGGCCACAGGUACUGGAGGAAACAUCCUGUCUGAACGUGGCACCUCUAAACCACAGGAGACCCUUGGUUUGGGCUGUGUCUUCAUAAGCCCACUCCUCUUGGGAGAGAAAGAGGGGGCUCCUGGGUCACCCAUGGGCACAUUCUGGACGGGGGGUGGAAUUUCAGCAGAAAGGGCAGAUUACCAAAGCAACAUGUUAUGUUCAAUGUGUUAUUGUGUGUAGUUCAUCUCUUUUUCUUUAACAGGGAGCCUUGGCAGAUACAGAAACAUGGUUUGGCAAGUUGUAUUUUUUCUAACAAGAGUUCUCAGAAUUUUCCAGCCCCCCCCCCCGUUGGAGCAUUCCAGGAGCUGUAGUGGGAGGGGGGAAACUCUGGGGCGACUGCUUCUUAUUGCUGUGCCACACAAUCCUGUUGAACACUGCUUCCCCCAUGCUCUCUGGCAAAUCACAGCAGUGUGGCUUUCGCACCCAAUCUUUUUCCUAUUGUUUGAAUGUGCUGCUUGUGUCUGUAGGAUUCAGCAGUGUGUGUGUUCCCCUGUUUUGUGUUGCAUUUUUCUCGCACAGCAGAAACCUUGGGUUCCUGAGUACCGUGAAUUUGAAAGUUGUGUCAUUGGUGCUUUGUGACUACACUGAAAAAUAAGUGUGUGUGUUUCUUAAAUAUAUAAACCUGUACUAUAGUGCGGAAUGCUUUAUGCCAAAGGUGGACAAGUUAUGGCCUUUCAGAGAUGUGGUCCACCAAAUAUCUGGAGGGCAUCCUACUCUCCCCCUGCCCCCCCCUUUUUGUCAACUCAGUUUUGUUAUCAUGAACUAUAUAAUGGCCAAACGGAAGAGGAACACUAUGAUUUACCGCCGGUGCCUUAGGAGAGGUUUAGACUGGCUGAUGUCAGCUAGACUUAUGAUAUCUCAAGAUGGAAAACUGCUUUCAAACCUUCUUCAUCUGAUUUUUGUUGUUAAAAGGUGAUAGAAAGACAUGUUCCCAUGAAUUUGUUGCAUUUUGGGUGUUGGAUUACCUUUUUCUUGAGCUAGAAUGUUGGAAACAAGAGAGCAGUGCUUGAAGGGGGUGGAGAGAAGAAUUCAUGGAGGAAAGAAAAUGGAGAGCUUGGAAGAAAAAUAGGAAGCUUCAGCUGCACGCCAUUGCUCAGGAGGACUAUUUUAAGCAGGUGUUAGAUGGUAUGCGUAAUCUCUGCUUGUGAUGUGUAUGACUUGUGUGACACAACACACGCGCACACACAUGAACACUUUUUUUUCAUACUGGCUGAAUAGGAAUGCAGAGCGAAUGAGGGUCAUGUGAUCUGGCUUUUAGCCCAAGGACUUGAAGGGUUUUUUUCUCAUGUUGCAGCACAUGAGAAGGGUCAAGAAUGAGUGGGAAAUAUGUGAUGUAGAACUGAAUGAUGAUGAAGAUAGGAUGAGAGAUAAGUAACUUUAUCUUCUAAGAAGGCACAGUUCUGAUCUAGUUAUAUUCAGAGGAUGUUUACCUUCAGGGUGUAAAUAAAAAUGUAUCCUCAGAGACCAAAAAGAAAAGAAAAAAAAAGGGAGGGAGGGAAGCACUUUAUUUUUACUAAUACUUUUUUUUAAAAAAUUUCUUGAUAGCAUGUAAGAUACGUUAAAUGUUUUCUCUGAACUUUAAUUGAAAAGUUGUGGUGCAUGCUCAGAUUUGUCAUAAAUCACGUUUUUUAAAAAAGAAAGAAGAAAGCUGAUUCAGAGCACUUACUUGAGAGGUACUGUCAAACCUAAAACAGUAUUUUGCCUUAAAGGCUACCUUUUGAAAAACUAUUCUUUGCAGUGUAUAAUUUUAGAGGGAUUACAAAUCCCCCCCCCCAACAAAGGUUUGUGUAAAGCUUCUUGUUAUGACCAACUUCCUGUGUUGAUUAUUGCAGUGAAUCUCCUGGCAUUUGGCCAGACUGGAGUCUUCCAAGAUUAAAGUCAACAAAAGUCUG